AAAAUCUCUCGAACUCUCCCACGACUAACCCCCUGGAAAGUUUCUUUCACUCUCAAACCCCAUCAAAACCCUUGAACAGAAAACAUCUCUCUUUCUUUCCCCUCCCCUUCUCUCUAAAAAGCCUCUGCCCACUUUCUCAGAGACAAACUAGGGUUUUCUAUUUGGACCACCAUGGAAGCACUUUCAAGUUCAGUUUUCUCUUCGAAAUUAAUCGGUACUGAAACUUAUAACCAAUCUUGUCUAAGCAAACCCUUGAUUAAACAAAGAAAUGGGUUUCUCAAAAUCAAUGAAAUUUCUGAAACUAAACAGCAAUUUAGUGUGGGCAGAUUGGAUUUGUUGAGUUCUUCACACAGUCACAAGGGUGUUAGUAGUAAAAGUGGAUUGGUUUUUUCAGUUAAUAAUGCUUUUAAUCAUGAAGUUUCUGGUGAUGAUGAUGAUGAUGACGAUGACGAUGAUAAGAAUGAUGAGCUCCUUUUGAUUCCAGAAGCUCAUUCUUCUUGGUUUGAGGAUACUCCUAGUCACCAUGGAAAAAGCGAAGGGGGUCCUGAAGCGUCAAAUUUGGUGACACCUCUGGCGGUUUCAAGUGCUGGUGGAUCUAGUGGUGGUUCUAGAGCGGGACUUUUUAGAACACCAAUCUCUGGUGGGGUUCAGAGUGCAACAUCUGCUCAUGGCCUACCUCGGCCAGCGUUGGCAGUUCGCAAUCUGAUGGAGCAGGCCAGAUUUGCUCAUCUAUGUACCGUGAUGUCUCGUAUGCACCAUCGCAGAGAGGGAUACCCAUUUGGUUCACUUGUAGAUUUUGCACCAGAUCCAAUGGGCCAUCCAAUCUUUUCAUUUUCACCAUUAGCUAUCCACACAAGGAAUCUGUUAGCUGAUCCAAGAUGUACACUUGUUGUUCAGAUACCGGGAUGGAGUGGAUUAUCAAAUGCAAGGGUUACAAUUUUUGGUGAUGUCUAUCCUCUUGCUGAAGAUCAACAGGAGUGGGCUCAUAAACAAUAUGUUGCAAAGCAUCAGCAAGUAGCUUCGCAACAAUGGGGCAACUUUCACUAUUUCAGGAUGCAGAACAUUAGUGAUAUUUAUUUCAUUGGAGGAUUUGGUACUGUCGCUUGGGUAGAUGUCAAGGAAUACGAAACUCUACAACCUGAUAAGAUUGCAAUCAAUGGAGGGGAGCAAAAUUUAAAGGAACUAAAUGCUCUUUUCUCGAAACCACUUAAAGAACUUCUGUCCGCUGAAGCAGAGAUUGAUGAUGCUGCUCUGAUAUCAAUAGACAGCAAAGGCAUCGAUAUUCGGGUUCGACAGGGGGCACAGUUCAACAUUCAGCGAAUAUCUUUCGAUGUAGGAUAUGCAGUAGAAACGCUGGAGGAGGCGAAGGCAGCACUACAAAAGUUGAUAAACAAAGAUUGCAUGCUGAGACUGCACAUCAAAGGUUAGAACAGAGCUAAGCCAGACCCUUUAUUUCCUCUACGUAAGUGGUACAACAGAAAAGGCACUAAAAAGUUAAAUGGUGGCAAAGGUGAGGUUCAUCGCUUGAGUUUAGAUCCGAGUCCAUGUGAUCCCACAGAAGCUGUUGUGCUGUCCUCUUCUUCUUCUUCUUAUAUCACGCCCAGCUUGUAUUCUUACAUAUUUCAUGCAUUUUUGUGUAAGGUUAGUGUAUGCUAUAAUCUGUACCCAAGAAAGAUAGGUUUUUUCCCCCAGGGUAUUGGAUUAUGUUGUGAAAUGUGAAUAAUACAUCAAAUUGUGAGUCUUCGUCAUUCUGAUAUUGCUUAGGCAUCAGUAGAAAAAGAAGCACAGAAGAUUUGUCUUAACUGUGGAGAUAUGGGGAAAUGUCUCGAAACGCUUAAUUUGUU